AUGGACAUACCAUAUCGCGACGAGGUUGUGAGUAAUGAAGAAACGGGCGAUAUACCAGUUCCAAGCACUACCUACACCUCAUGGAGUUCCGGCGAUGAGCCAGGACAUUCGAUGUCUGUGGAACACAUAGGUGAAAGCGACGAGUCGUACUACUACGACGCGCAGGAGGAGCUUUAUCAAGAAAAUCCCGUAUACCUUUCAAAGGAGCAGAUUUUGAUGCAAAAUCAAUCCGAACAAACAGCAGGCAGUCAUUUCAAUGACAUGGAUGAACCAUCAUCGAGCUCGUCGAAUCCUGCAGGGAACAUCUGGCAAUUUCAGAUAGGUGAAAGCGACGAAUCGUACUACUACGACGCGCAGGAAGAGCUUUAUCAAGAAAAUCCCGUACUUCUUCCAAGGGAGCAGGUUUUGAUGCAAAAUCAGUCCGAACAAACAGUAGACGGUUACUUCAACGAAAUGGAUGAACCAUCAUCGAGCUCGUCGAAUCCUCCAGUGUUUUUUCAUCCAAUCAAAUAUGCAAGCUGCAGCAAUCUGCCUACUAGGUUAACCGUAAGAGAAAAGAAGAAGCGGAGACAAACCUUGCCAGAGAUGUCGUUUCUCCAUAAAAUGGUGUUUUGUUUCGAAGAGCUUCAAAGCGAAGGGCAAGUUGAGAAUAAUUCUCAGAGCGAAGGGCGAGCUGAGGAUAAUGUUGACCAGCAAAUCCGAAGCAGAAUGAACAUGUUGCAUAUAUUCGAUCCCUUGCGACGAGAAUUAGCAGAUCAAAUGAGUGCUAAGAUGAAUAUCAAGGAAACUUCCAGUAAAGGUGGAGACAUAAGGAAACUAAGGAUUGAUGCGAAGAAGGAAUGUCUCCGAUUAUGGGACGCAAAGGUGGAGAACUUGGCCGAGCUUCUUUGCUUUCUCCAACUGUUUCAUCUCGUUAAAGGUCCAAUGUCAAUUGAUGAAUGUGAAUUUCGUAUUGAGAAAUAUGUAAAUCCAACUUGUGUGCCUGGAACUUUGUCGUGGGAUAAGUAUGGCCCAGGCAUGGACGUAACGCGAAUGUUCGAGUUGAAAAUGUUCAGACUUGUGAAGCCGUCCGAUAGAAAAUUGGUGCAACCGGUUGACUGUAUCCUUGACGCAUGUUUUCGAAUGCUUCCCGAAGGUUUACCUAGCGAGCUAUAC